UGUCUCAAACAAUUUUUUCCGCGGACCCGUCAACAACACCAUCUUGUCGAAUUUUUUUCUGAAUUAUUCAAAAGUUCAAGUUUUUGGUCGACCCAAAGGCCAAAAACACAAGUCCAAACCUAAGAAAUCUUUUGGUCGAAAAUAUUCAGUAAUUUGAACAAAUACGGAGAAGAUCGGAAAAUACAAUUGUGUGCUUGAGUAUUAUUUAAACAAGAACGAGAAUCGGCAAAACAGCAGCAGCAACACCAAACGGACCUAAGCAGUGGAGUUCUCUGCGCGCCAAAAGGAAAAUCCCAAAACAAAGAACGAUAGAAAAUGUUGUCCUUUUCGUCAAAUUUUUUCUGUGUGUGAACGUGAAGCCCCGUUGUGCCUGUGGCUUAUUGUGUGUAAUAACUGUAAACUGUAACAAUCAAAGUGUUAAUUAAACAAAUAAUGCACCAGCAGAGGAUUAAUCAAAUAACAAUACCUGUUCCAAUCUGACAAGAAGAAACACCAAAAGCGAGCAAAGAAAAAACCAAAUAGGAGUAGUGGCAGCAACGGAAGGAGACAUCCAGUGUUUACCGUUGUCUUUUUCCACCCAAAUCUCCGACCCGCAUUCGGUUGCGGCGGUCCCCUCCGGCCUCCUCAUGAAAUGCAAAAGUUGGUCCAAUAAAUUCAACAACUUCGUCGUGCGCCGAUUCAAGGCGUCAAUCAAGAGUAACGGUACACAACAGCAGCAGCUUCAGCCCUGCAGCGGGGCCAGCAUUGCAGCGGCCGCCUCCAUCGUCUCGGCUGCAUCUUCGAGCAGCAGCAGCAGCAACAGCAGUUGCAGCAGCAUUGAGCAGACACAGACGUCGUCGCAGCAACAGCAAACGUUCAACAUUGCUGCCACAACAGCAACAACACAAGCGGCUACAAUGCCGGCGGCAAUGGCCAAGGAGAAAGCCACAACGCCAGUGUCCUUAAGCGAAUCGAAUUUCAUGGAACUGAAACUGAAAGAGCAGCUGGUCGUCGUCGUUGAAGCCAUGGCCGCCACCACAGCGGCGUCCCGAUUGCAACAGCACACGUGCGGCUGUGGGGCAGCCUCUGCCACAACUAUCGGCACCGGCAGUGCCACAACGACGAUGUCAACAACGGAGAACAACAACAACAGCCGCUAUGGCAGCAGCAACAAGUAUCUGACAAACGGCCACACAUCGCCUUUGGCAGCAGCGGUGGCCAGCAACAGUUCGUCUGUUGCCUCGACGCCGCAGUGCAGCAAAGUUUGCUGUCGGCAUCAGUACCAAAAUGGAAUUUCCCACGAAUUGAGGCAGCAACAGCAGAAGGACCUCCUGGACAUGUUGCAGCAGCAUCAACAGCAACAGCAGCAGCAGCAACAACAACAGCAGCAGCAGCAGCAACAACAACAGCAGCAACAACAGCAGCAGCAACAACAGCAGCAGCAACAACAACAACAGACUCCUCCGCCUCGCAGAUCCCCAAAUGAUUUCAUCUUUGGGCGCUACAUCGGGGAGGGCAGCUUCAGCAUGGUCUACCUGGCGGUGGACAUUCACUCGCGACGCGAGUAUGCAAUUAAAGUCUGCGAGAAGCGGCUGAUCCUGCGCGAGCGCAAACAGGACUACAUUAAGCGGGAGCGCGAGGUGAUGCACAUGAUGACCAGUGUGCCCGGCUUCGUGAAUCUCUCGUGCACUUUCCAAGACCAGCGUUCGCUCUACUUUGUGAUGACCUACGCCCGCAAGGGCGACCUUCUGCCGUACAUCAACCGCGUGGGCAGCUUCGAUGUGGCCUGCACCCGUCACUAUGCCGCCGAGCUGGUGCUCGCCUGCGAGCACAUGCACCGCCGCAACGUCGUCCACCGCGACCUCAAGCCCGAGAACAUCCUGCUCGACGAGGACAUGCACACUCUUAUCGCCGACUUUGGCUCUGCCAAGGUGAUGACACCCCGAGAGCGUGCCUUUGCCUCCGAGCACUGUUCGGAAACGCGGCGCGGCAACUCGGACGACGAUGACGAGGACAGCGACAAGCUGAUCUACGAUGACGAGGAGUAUUACGACAAGGAUUCGGAGUUGGAUGAUGGCGAUGACGAUCAGCAGCACACCGCCGACGAGAUGGACUCCCCGCGUCACCGCCAGCGCCGCUAUGCUCGCCGUCGCAAGGGCAGCUUUGUGGGCACCGCCCAGUACGUGUCACCGGAGGUCCUGCAGAACGGCCCCAUCACGCCCGCCGCCGAUCUGUGGGCAUUGGGCUGCAUCAUUUACCAAAUGAUCUCGGGCCUGCCGCCCUUCCGUGGCACCAACGACUAUGUCAUCUUCAAGGAGAUCCUCGACUGUACCGUGGACUUCCCGCAGGGCUUCGACAAGGAUGCCGAGGAUCUAGUCAGGAAGCUGCUCAAGAUCGAGCCCCGCGACCGCCUCGGCGCCCAGGAUGAGUUCGGCUACUACGACAGCAUCCGUGCACAUCCCUUCUUCGCCGGCGUCAACUGGGAAACACUCCGCCAACAGACUCCACCUCCCAUCUACCCCUACCUGCCCGGCGUCAGCCAGGACGAGGACUUCCGCUCCAGCUACAGUGUGCCCGGGGAUCUGGAGCCCGGUCUCGAUGAGCGCCAGAUCACCCGCCUGCUCAGCGCCGAACUGGGAGUGGCCAUGCCCGCCAAGCGGUCCACAGCUAAGAACUCCUUUGACUUGAGCGAUGCCGAAAAGCUGCAGCGUCUGGAGCAGCAGAAGACUGACAAGUGGCAUGUGUUUGCCGACGGCGAGGUGAUCCUCAAGAAGGGAUUCGUGAACAAGCGCAAGGGACUGUUUGCCCGCAAGCGUAUGCUUCUGCUCACGACUGGACCCCGCCUCAUCUACAUCGAUCCAGUGCAGAUGAUCAAGAAGGGCGAGAUCCGCUGGAGUCCUGAACUGCGGGCCGAAUACAAGAACUUUAAGAUCUUCUUUGUCCAUACGCCGAGUCGCACCUACUACUUGGACGAUCCCGAGGGCUAUGCCAUUCACUGGUCCGAGGCCAUCGAGAAUAUGCGCAAGCUGAGCUACGGCGACUCCACCUCCUCAUCCGCUUCCUCAUCGGCCUCGACAUCAUCGUCGUCGACGGGAGCCGCUACCAUAUCCUGCUCGAACCGCAGCAGCAACAGUCUGGCUGUGGCUGCCGCCCACUCGAAUUCAUCUGCCGCCUCCUCGAACAGCUCUCCAACGGCACGACGCAGCUCGCCGGUGAAUGCGCUCGGCAGCCGGAAACAGCAGGAGGCGAAAACAACGGGGACGUCUCCGACAAAGAAGACGGCGUCCAAGUGAGGAUUCGGACGCGGACGCGGAUGCGAUUGUAAACUUACGACUAGUUGUAGCAAUGAGAAAUUCAAUUCUAAUUUAGACGAAAUUUAGUGCAAAGCAAAGGCAAAGCAGCAGAAGGAAGCGCGGUGAUGAUGAUAAUGAUGAUGAAUAUGAAUAAUGACGGGGAAAAAACAUAAAGAUAAAGAUAAAAAUGUCUAGUGCUAAUUAGAACCCAAUUUCUGUUUCUGUUUGUAUCGUUUGUCGAUCGUCGAUCGUUUGGAUUGCUCUUAGGGCAGAGAAUACUAAUAUAACUAAAGCUAAAACUAAAAUAAAACUAAAACUAAAACUAAAGCUAAACUAAAGUUAAACCUAAACUAAAGUAAUCUAAUGAUAAGUAAAUUCAAUUCGAUUCGAAGCUUAAAUUAAAUAUUUAUAUACAAUAUAUAGCAGAGCAGAGCAGAGCAGAAGCCCACUCAGUCCGCUCACCCCCCACGCAGCCGCUACCGCAACCGGAAGAGCCACCCCGCCCCGCCCUAAGAUUUGCCUAGAAUUUAGUAUAACUUGUAAUAAUUUUUUAGUGCGUAGUUAGUCACAAUUUAAAUGAAUUACCGAACUAGCAUCAGAUUGAGAUAUAGAUCGAAAUCCAAGGGGGGGCUGGGAGGAACGGGAACAGGGACGGAAACGGAAACGGUACGUUGCAAAGCGGAACGGAGCGGGCGAGCAGGCGAGCAGGCAAGCGGUCAGAUUUGAUACAAGAAAAGCAGAUGGAAAAACUGUAUUUAAUUUAAUUAUUGUGUGAAAAGCGAAAUGUACUAGGAAAAUGUGUCGAAACUGUAUAAUGGUAAUAUAUAUAUAUAUAUCUAUAUGUAUAUAUGUAUAUGUACGCGUAUCUGAAGAUUUCGUUGAUUUAUUGUACAUUUUGGUAUAGAAUCGUAACUAUUGUAAACCACUAUACCACUAUAUAUGUAUAUUGUAUAUGGUGAAAACCAACAACAACAAAAAACACACACACAUUAGAAGGCCCGCAAACCGCAAAACAGAAAGGAUUAGUGGCAGUGCCCCCCAACCCCUUCGUGCCCCCCCUUCCCAGACACUACAGUCGGCAGGCGGCACAAACGCUGCUGAACUUUCUUGUUAAAUUAUAUUAUAUUAUCUUAUAUUAUAUGUAUACAUGUGUAUAAUCCUAUGCUAAUUAUCAUUUAUUUAUCAUUGUCAUUAUUAUGCUUAAUUGUUUAAAUUGUAACAUUUUUUCGUUUGUUUUCUCCACUCUGGAUUUUUUUUGUACAAUUAUGAUUUUCUGUAAUUGCUUAUUUGCCCUAUAAAGAAACGUAUAAGACUUGA